AUGCCGUGGGCAGACUGGAGGAGCAGCUAUGCCCAGAAUUGAAGGAGUUUGCAAAUUUUGACUUUGAUGUCUGGCGGAAGAAGUAUAUGCGCUGGAUGAACCACAAGAAAUCCCGCGUCAUGGACUUCUUCCGGCGCAUCGACAAAGACCAAGAUGGGAAGAUCACCCGGCAGGAGUUUAUCGAUGGCAUCUUGGCCUCUAAAUUCCCCACCACGAAGCUGGAGAUGACCGCGGUGGCCGACAUCUUUGACCGUGACGGCGAUGGCUACAUCGACUACUAUGAGUUGCUGGCUGCUCUCCAUCCCAACAAGGAUGCCUACCGCCCCACCACUGAUGCCGACAAGAUCGAAGAUGAGGUCACCCGGCAAGUGGCCCAGUGCAAGUGUGCCAAGAGAUUUCAAGUGGAGCAGAUCGGCGAGAACAAGUACCGG